AUGGAACCACUGAACGUUGACAAGUACUACGAUGAGGAAGACCAUGCUGGUGGUGAUGGUGAUGACAGGCCAGCAAUGGAUGUGGAUGUGGAUGUACAGGAUGUGAUCCGAGAAGAACCCUUGAUUGUCCGUGUCUUUGGCCUUCCUAUCCAGAAGGUUGCUUCCAUUGCAGGAAUUCUCUUCUUGGUUGUCAUUCUGGCCCUGGUGCUGCCUUCCCACAGUACCACAUCUGAAACAACUGUGGAACUGUUUGGAACCUCUUGGGAUGUGGCUACCACCACAAGCUUGAAUGAGGAUCUCUUGAUCAUAACAACCACCACCGGAACCAUUCCCACCCAAAUUGGAGUUCUGUCGGCGUUGACCCAACUCAGCUUGACCGGCACCAAAUUUUCCGGUAGCAUUCCCACGGAAAUCAGAUUAUUGACAAAAUUGACGCGGCUGGAAUUGACGGGCAAUCAUUUGCUAUCCGGCAGCAUUCCCACUGAACUUGGAUUCCUGGCUAACAACAAUUUGAAUGUUUUGAUCUUGCAAGACAAUGGGCGACUCAAUGGAACCAUCCCUACCGAAAUUGGGUUGAUCACAUCAUUGUUGGAACUGACCUUGACUGACAACCACGUCAUGACCGGAAACACUCCCAGCGAAAUUGGAUUACUGACAAAACUGACUGUCUUGGACUUGCACAAGAACCAGAUAUCCGGCAGCAUUUUGUCGGAGAUUGGAUUGCUCUCCACCAAUUUGCAGCACCUGGACUUGUCCGACAACAAAUUGUCGGGCAGCAUUCCCACAAGCAUCCAAUUCCUCACGGCAUUGACGUUCUUCAAACUGUCGCUCAAGUAUUACAACACACAUUUAUCCGGAAGCAUUCCCACGGAAAUUGGUUUGAUGACCCAAUUACAAGUAUUGGAUUUGUACUUCAACAAAUUGUCCGGCCAUGUCCCAACUGAAAUUGGCUUGUUGACAAGGUUGCAAAAAUUGGACCUGCACAAGAACCAAUUAUCCAACAGAAUCCCAUCCGAGCUGCUGUUUCUUACCGCUUUGGAACACUUUGCAUUGGACAAGAACAAAAUCUCGGGAAGUAUUCCUACCAACAUUGGAGACCUCACUGCUUUGAAGUAUCUCGGCUUGGAACGAAAUCAGCUCUCCAGUAGCAUUCCUUCUGAAAUUGGGUUGUUGACACGAUUGUCAAAUUUAUGGCUGCCCGACAACAAGCUAUCCGGUAGCCUUCCCUCGGAGAUUGGGUUGCUUACAGCGUUGACGUACCUGGGCUUGUCAGACAAUCAGCUCUCGGAUCGUAUUCCAUCGGAAUUGGGAUUGAUGACCCGAUUGACUUCUCUGUUCUUGUCCAGCAACCAGUUGUUGGGCAGUGUGCCGGAUGAAAUAUGUCCCAAGUCCAAUGAUUUCUACCGAUUUGUUGUGGAUUGUGAUCCGGAACCGUUUCCGGUGGCAUGUCCUUGCCGCGAGUGCCAUUGUGGGAAGAACUGA